GUGCUAUCAUGUUAUCUCAACUGCCAAAUUAAACACCUUAAUUACAAUAACAUUUUCUUCUCAUUCUCAACAUUUCUAUCUUCUUUUUCAUUUCGGCGCGAAGCCGACUUAUUAUCUUCAUUUUAUUUCGAGUACCUCAUUGCAGACAAAUAAAUAAAAAAUUAUUUAGUUGUCUGCAAUGGGAAAUGGAACUUCAAGGGUAAAUUCAACCCCAGAACAAGGAGAAUCAAUACCAGCCAAAGUCCGUUCUACAAUUGUCGGGCGAUUUGAAGAUUUUAGAAAGCAAAGGAAUGCUGAAUCAACCCUCUCGAAGAAAAAAUUAUUGAAAAAUGGCGAAGAAGAGGAUGGUGGCAGCAGUGUUUCUCGGUCUUCUUCUAACGAAACUAAUGAAACCAAGGAUGGUAAGGUUUCGGUUUCGACAAAAGAGGAAACAACGGUGCCACUAACGACCACGGAAAAUAUUUCUAGAGUUGUUCCCGUGGAAGACAUCGAAUGCAAAACUAUAGAAGAGAAGGUUAACAUUAAGAAUGAGAUUCAUGUAAGCAAAGAUAAAGAGAUUCAUGCCAAUGUGAAAGAUGAGGAAGAGAACAAAAUAAAGGAGGAAAGAAUCAAAAGGCUAGUGGAAGAGGUAGAGAAAGAACAAGAACAAGAAGCAAGUGCAAAAUGUGAAAAGAGUGAUGAUAAUGAUCAUGAGGAAGAUGAUGAUGAUGAAGAAAGUGACCUUGGAAGAUUUCUAUGUCCUGGAUCACCGAGUUUCAAAAUUUAUUGCAUUGAAGCCGAUGAAAGAAAAACACAAGAGGAAGAAAAAGACAAAGAAGAAGAAGAAAAAUUUAAGAAUCCAACGCUCCAAAAAUCGCGCAGUGAUAACUGUUUAGAAAGCUCUUCGUCAAAGAACACAAGAAUCUCAAACGAGGUAAGUCAGAUAGUUGAAGAUGUACCAAGUACAAAGAGAAAAGGGCAUAUGAUGAGGAGAUUUGGGGCAGUAAGAACUCUGCUAAAGGUUAAGUCAUGCUACCACCCAAUCUGUACCUGUACAGGAGAUGACAGAAGAAGCAAUCUUGUUUCUGCAAAAGCAACAAAUUGAUUAUAUAUACAUCAUAUUGUUACUAGGUGUUAGAAUGGAGACAUGCUAUAAUUAUUUUGAUUUUUGUUUUUUUUUAUUGGCUUGUUUACUCGAUUGAAUUCCUGUUGAAUCGUCAUCUUCUGAUGAGAUCAAUCAGAAAUAGACAAUAACAUGGCUCUAGCUUUGAUGUAAUUAUUAUUACACAUUUUUAUGUAAAGUUAGUACAUUUGGCAUAGAAGUGUUUGUUGUGUAUAAUGUACAAUGGGAAUGAUUACAUUUGUGUAUUUAGAGGUUGAAGUUUGCAAGAAAAAUUAUGUAAAAACUACUUUCUUCUCAUUUUUAAUAUUCA